AUGGCGAAGACGUGCAGGCAACGUUGCUGCCGAGGGUGCCUGUGCUGCUGCGGGCUCACCAUCGCGGUCUUUCUUUUGUCGGCUCUCUUUGGCCUGUGCGUCUCGCUGCUGGCGGAGGCGAAUAUUGAGCCAGAGCAAAUCCAUCUAGCCUUCGCUGGCCAGGAUGCCGCAGGCAACGCAAACGGCAUGGCGGUCUCAUGGUUCACAAGGGGUGAGCCCAAAGACGCGACAGUGCAGUAUGGCCUAAGUGCCAAGCAGUUGGACCAGCGGGCCUUAGGCCAGUCGAAGAAGUAUCUGAUGCUGGGAGGCUUCCACGCGCAUGCAGAGCUCGUCAACCUCACGCCGAGCACGCGGUACUACUACCGUGUAGGCAGCAGCAAGGACGACAAGUGGUCGCAGGUGCUGAGCUUCAAGUCCGCGCCGACGGGCCUGUCAGCCAGCUUUUCUAUGGCGGUCUUUGGAGACAUGGGUUGGGAAAACAGCACGAAGCGGCCCAUGUGGAUCACCUCGCACGGGCUCCGCAAGAACUGGUCGGCUACAGAGAGUCGCAACCUCCUGGAGAAGUGGAAGGAUGAGAAGUCCAUGGAUUUCAUAUGGCACGUGGGGGACAUUGGCUACAUGGAUGACUCCUUCGCGCAUGCGCCCCUUGGGGUCACCUAUGAGAGCUCCUACAAUGGCUACAUGAACUGGCUGCAGAGUCUGUCCUCGACCAUGCCGUACAUGGUUUCCCCGGGCAACCACGAGUCGGAGUGCCACAGUCCUGCGUGCAUUCUGGACCCUUUCCUCGGCCGAGCACUCAUGAAUUUCACCGCGUACAAUCACCGGUGGCGCAUGCCCUCUGCAAGCAGCGGAGGUGUGGAGAACAUGUGGUACAGCUUCAAUAUCGGUCCUGUUCACUUCGUGUCCAUCAACACGGAGACAGACUUCCCCGGGGCCGAGGAGACAGACACGGGUGACAGCCACAUCUUUUGGUUGAAAGCCGGCCAUUUUGCUGGUGAGGGCCAGUACUUGAAAUGGCUAGAGGAUGACCUGAAAGCUGCCGAUGCAGCACGUAAGUCUGGACACAGGCCCUGGAUAAUCGCAGGAGGCCACCGGGCACUGGGAUGGAUUGACAAGUCUGGCGUCAAGGAGCUCUUCGACAAGUACAAAGUGGACCUCUACUUCGCGGGUCACGCUCACACCUACUUCCGGGAUCCUCCGGUUCGCGCCGGCAAAGUCACUUCCAGCGAGAAGCGGGUCUUCAAGGAUGUGGACGGCUAUAUUCAGGUGAUUGCGGGCGGAGCUGGAUCCGACGAGACGGAUUACAUCGUCGCACCGAAGUGCAAUGCCAGUGUCCUCGAAGCAGGCACAUGCGUGCUGCCGUCGCCCCCGAACAAGGACUUUCCGGAGCACAUCUUCGCCACGGACGUCAUGUCCCUGGGCCUCUUGGACGUGGUGAACGCCUCGGCCCUCCGCUUCCGCCUCGUGGAUUCCCUGCACGGCCAGGCCAUCGACGAGUUCUGGCUCACCAAGUGUCCACGCUUUGCUCCCUGCCAAAUCUUUUGCUUAGCUUUGACCGGCGACUCUGUGAAAGAGGAGGAGGAGGAGGAGGAGGAGGAGGAGGAGGAGGAGGAGGAGGAGGAGGAGGAGGAGGAGGAGGAGGAGGCGAGGUGCGAGCUUUGGCGGCGGGACCCCACCGUAUGGGCGUGGGACGGGCACCGCGGGGCGCGAGCUUUCGCGGCACGACUCGACAGGCCAUCUGCGAGCCGAAAGCAGCUUCGGCAAUGUGUGCACUUCGAUGCUUUCAUUAGCCAUGACUGGCAGACCUCCCGCUGGUUGAAAUAUGGAUCACUGCUGUUAUUCUUCAAUGCCAAGCCUGCCGCGAUUGCGACGUUGGUUGUCAGCUCGGCAGUAGGUUACCUCACCCACCGUCAGGUCCUGCCUCGAACUUAUUGGGGGAUAUGCCUUGGCUAUCUCACCUUCUUUGUCUUUCUGGUCUUUUGGCAGAACAUCCGAGACCUGUUCUUCAAGCCACGGCUGGCUUUUCUUGACAAGCUGACGAUACCCCAGGAAGAUGAGAAGCUGAAAGAGAGGUGCAUUCUUGGUCUGGCAGGGUUCCUGAAAUCUUCACGGAGAUUGGUGGUCUUAUUCUCGGAGUCGUACAUUGAUCGCGUUUGGUGUGUCUAUGAAUUUUCAACAUUCAUGCGUAUUCACGGCGGAGAAAGGCCAGUGCAAGCAAUCCCUGUGGCGCUUUCCGUGCUGCUUCUGGUGCACUAUGUUUGGUGGCUUGCAAUCAGGUUGUUAAUGUCCACAUUGUGGUGGAGCUCGGACCUGCAGACUUCCAACCUAUAUGUGGCGAUGCUGGCAAUGUCUGGUGGUGUUCUCUUGGCGUUCGUUGUCACCUACCCUUGCCAAGCGUUUAUUGGCAUGCAGAUGACUCAAAACUUGCAGGACCUCGCUGCAAAAGUGCGCAGCUUCCGAGUACAAGAAGCAAAGUGUUUUUGCUGCUCUGCAGGCCACAUGACGCGGAGCGGAAGGACAAUCCCAUGUGAUAGAGAGUUGAUCUAUCAGAGCUUCUCUGCAUGGUAUAGUACGGAAGACAGUCAGGAGACUGGACUUGACAUGUUCAAUGAAGAUGUGAGGUCCCAGUACGGCCAUCACAUUUUGGAGACCUGCGGGGGUUCCCGGAUGAUUUCAAUGAGCAUCUUCAUCUACGUGGUGUUCAGCACCAACACGCCCUUGUUAAUAAGCAGCAUCCCAACUGCUCUUACACCAGCAGAGCAAGAAGCUUCUGUUUCGCAGGCUGUGCUGGUCGCAACACGACGUUUGGUAGCUAGCUGGGGAUACGUAUUUCCAGGUAUGCUGUUCUAUCUGUGGGCAAACAAGGUGGCGUGGUCCCACAAUCACAGGUGGCCUAGGUGUGUCAAACUUAUCUCGCCUGUUUUUGUGGUCUCCUUAACCAUCGGAGUGGGUUUCCUGGCGCGUUCUUCAGAAUAUUGGGUAGCUGACAACAACUGGCUUCCCCUGAUGGUGUGGUUGUUCUUGAUGAUGGCUGGACUUUGCCUCCUGGACCCCGGCUGCCUGUGCAAGAUUGUGCUGGCGGGGCGAAGGUUCAAGCCUGCACUGGAUGAGGCGAACCACGAGCAACCUGACACCUUCUCGAUUUGA